UUACGGGGUUACGAGUUAGAUUUUGGACAGAAUGCAGGACAGCAAUGUGUAGGUGCAUUGAGUUUGUGCUCUUUGAUUUACAGUAACACUCAGGGGAUCAGCUGUGAAAAUGAUCUUACACCUCACGUCUUAUAUAUGUAAUGAAAGCGCUAGGAUAAUUUUCAUGUUUUAGGGUAAAUCUCAUUUGCCCAGGAAAUAAAAAAGAUUACUAUUUAGUUUGUAGCAGUUGAUAAGGAACAAAAGAAAACAAAAGAUACACAUAAAUAACUAAACAAAUUGUAUUAACUAAAGUGUACUAGCACUGUAACUCCAAAUGGAAACCAACAAAUGGGAGGGUAAUAGUACAAAAGAUACUAAAGUAUAUUUCACAGGUUUAUGAGAACCAUUUUAACACCCCUAAAAAGCCUGCUAGAUCGUCUGCUAAUAAGAUUUGGUAUUGACUUUUAGUCGGAGAAAAGUUUUACCUCAAACUUUACCCAUUAAACUAUCUUUGAUAGUAUAUGAAUAAAACCACAUUGAUUUUUGGAAAUACGUUAAAAUAUAUUAUUUUUUGAAAGCUCUCAAUAAUCAAAGUUUCAAAAGGCCCUGUUUUGACCCCUUGCGACAUCGAAAACUUCAAAAGUUGACAAGCUCGCUCUUCGUAACACACUCGGUGCACUGUUGAAGGACUGAGGAGAUGGAAAAAUGAAAUAUUUAUGUUCGUCUUUGCCACGUUUCCUGUGCAUUACUAGGAUCAUAAAAAAUAAAAAAAUACAAAAAAACUAAACGCAAAAAUGUGUUCAGGCUCAGGCUUUCUGUUGAUUGUGAACUUUGCGUCUUUUGUGUCUGUAUUUUGCUUAAUUUUUCAUGCAAGUAUCGGUUUAUCCAUUAACUGUUCCCUGUCCUGGUACGCCAGAGAUGCAGGUUUUUCACAUAUGUAUACAGAGAGCUUAAAAAAGCAUUUUAUGAAGUGUGAAGAUCCUUUUCUGGGGUGGGGUACGGGGAUGUGGUGCCAUAUAUUAUUGGCUAUUAUCUCAAGACUUAUCACCAGACACUAUAUCCAUUUUUUUCUUUUUUGACUUAAUUAAAUUUUUUUUUGUGGGUUAAGGGGUUGUAACAGGGUGAGUCAUUUGCCAAAAAUACUGUCUUCUUGUGUUUUCAUUUUCUUGGUUAACAAAAGAUUCCAGGCUGAAGUAGCUUUUAAUUGUAAACAGCCCCAAGUGCUAGAGUGAUGACACUUAUUCCACUCUAAAAACCCAGUUGAUUAUUUUUCUUAUCACCUAAAGAAAACAAAAAGUCACUACCAAAUAUUAUUAGCAGAUGAACUAUUAAUUUUUUUUAGGGUCGUUAGAAUUGUUCUCAUGAACCUGUGAAAUAUACUUUAGCAUCUUUUGUACUAUUACCUUCCAAUUUUUUUGUUCCCAUUUGGAGUUACAGGGCUGGUAUACUUCAGUUAAUACAAUUUGGUUUAUUAGUUAGAGUGAUUUCAUUAAACCUAGUGGGUACUAAUUAACUGUUGGUGUUUAGAGUGAUUUUCAUUUUCCGUGAAAGAAUAGGGUAACUUAUAGUUAGUGGUGUACUGUGUAUCUUUUGUUUUCUUUCGUUCUUUAUCAACUACCAAUAGUAAUUUUUUUUUAUUUCAUGGGCGAAUGAAAAUCACCCUAAAACAUGCAAAGAAACAAAAGGUGAAAAAGUAUUUGGCUUCUAAUAACUUUUAUAUAAUUCAUCAGUAGUACCCUAAAGCUUAUUGAAAUCACUUCGAUAAAAACCACUAUUUUCAUUUGCCCUUGACUGAAAAAAGACUACUUAGUUUUUAGCAUGCAGUUGAUAAUGAACAAAAAAUCCAGAGUCUUCUAAUUACAGUAAGUGCAAAUUUUCACUUGCAUAUGAAAAUUAUCCUAGUGCUUUCAUUCUGUAUAUAUGCAGUGAGGAAAAAGACAAACUGUAAGAUUAUAAUAAAUUUAAUAUUUUUUUUAUAUGGCUAUACAUCUACUGAUUACAGUGAUAAUAUUUCUAGGGUAUAAUGUUAGAAAUUGUCGUCCAAUAAGAACAUUAAUAAGAAUUUAUUUUAAAGUUGUAAGAUCAUUUGCAGAGCUGAUCCCCUGUUUGUUAUUGUAAGUCAAAGAGCGCAAACUCAUUGCAAGUACACAUUGCUGUCCUGCAUUCUACCCAGAAACUUAUUACCCUAACUUUAUGAAGCUGUUAUUAUUUUGAUAGGGUCAACACAUAUUAGAGGACCAGGAUUUUGUAUGUGACUUAAUUUAUAAUUGCAAUAAUUUGCUACACGAGCCUCACUCUUGCAAGAACACAUCUGUUUGUUAUAAGAAAACAAUGUUACAUAUCGACUGGCACGAUAUUUUAUCUUUCUUAUACUUUGACAAAUUCUCUCACGACGGUUAAACUUAAACGUCGUUUUACUAAAUAGUUUUUUUAGCAUUUACAUAACAAUGUAGAUGACAUGAUUAUACAUGAAAGAAUCCGUGCAUAGACAAAUUCUCCAACCUUUCUGCUCCUGUUCCUUAAAAUUUUCAAACUUCGUAUUGGUAUUCUGCUUGGUUCACGAUCACGUCUACAUAUACGAUGAGAUUUGCGUUUAUGCUUCUCUCGAUUAACAAAAGAUAGCUCAUUUGAUAUAGCGUGUUUAUCGAUGAAGGUUCAUUAAAUAUGUUCGCUCAUAAAGAGGUCUCUCAGAAGGUUUGCGGACCGACCUGUUCCGAAAACGCUCGACAUCUUUUUAGCGUGGGUCUACCGCGAACGCUGUUUGCAUAUUUUAAAUGCGUUUUGAGCGUAUUACACAUAGUAUCUGUGCUGAUUUUGCACGCAGAAACUUCUGUUCUCCGCCAUUACGCCAUGCCAUGUGCUCAUCGGUCAAAACGUCAAGUAUGCGUCAGAACGUCGCUCAUGCGCGUUACGGACUUGACUGCGAUUUACAACUGAACGAAAAAAAAAAAUUUAAAAAUAAAUGAAGCCGGGGUUUUCUUUGGAAAGUCAGAGUAAAAAUAUAUUCAGUAAGAGAUUAUUUCAUGAUCAAUGACAGUCUGUUUGAGGAGUUCAAUUUGCAUUGCAUGUUCAGGUUUUUUUAAUGCUAUGAUAAAAAAAAUUGCUAUUGAAAUUUCUUUUUCUGUCUUUUUCUUUUCCGAAGAUGCCUUUCGUUUCCCAUAAAUAUCACGGACUUGAAAGCGACCCACGUGAUGUAGACUGACAAUAUCCUGUAGAGCCCAAUAUAGUGUAGACGCAAAUAUCCUGUAUCAUGUCCGCAUGCUUGCUCAAUGACGGAUAGAGAGUAAUAUUACUUGCUGAGACCUCCACUUGACAAGUGGAAGUUUUAAGAAGUAACAUUACUUAGCCAGCGCAAAAUCGUGCUAUUCCCUUUACCCGCUUUGAUACACGUACAAAUUGUGCUUUCAGCUUUAUCACGUAUCUUUCACUUCGACUCACUGUUAUUAAAAACAUACCUUGCUAAUUUGACACUAACGUUAAAAUAAAACGGUGCGCGUGAUAUAGUUCACGUCGUUACAGCUCAUUGGCAAAUAUGGUGUCUAGAACUACUUGCUUAGUCAGCAACAUCCGCCGCCUGCCUCGUCAUGUUAACAAGUAAAAUUACUUUCCAAAGGCGGCGAAGCGUUUUGGACAAAGAAAAGGAAAGGAAGGGAAAGGAAAACGGGGGGGGUAGUUUAUCGCAACCCAAGUCAAACACGCACUUUUUCUUAAAUAUCCCAAUUUGGAUUCCGUAUAUUUCUCGGCACAAACACUAAACUUCAACACAAUUUCACAAUUGUUCAUUGUGUUUCGUGACCGAUGGACAGAUCCAUAAACAUUUUUGUCGGAGCAAAAAUCUCUACUCCCUCGAUGAUGAGCUCCCCCACCCCUUAAACAUUUCCAAUAUCAGUGUCGAUAUGAGUGGCUCCGACAGCGGUAUUCAAACUUUCCGAAAUUGCAACGUGAAAAGGGUAGAAAAGAGUAGAAAAGGGUUGAAAAAUCUACCCUGUCUGAUAAUCAGGUCUCUAAAUAUCUUGUAAAUAUCUUGUUAAAAAUGACGUGACUGUGUAUCAUAGUUGGAGCUCAGCCAACCGCGCCAGCCAUGCUCAUGUAAUCCUUCAUAUGACGUCACCUAGAACAAAGUGGAAAAAUCGGUAAAGCAAGUGGUUUUACUAAUUAUAAUAAGACGUUGGUUACUCUCGACAAUUCAUUUGCAAAGGAGCAGCGAAGAUGCAGAUCUCUGUGCGUUUCACUUUAAUUCUCGUCGGGGCCGUGGGUAAGUUCAUCUUUGACUGCUCUACCUUCAGGUAUUCAUCAAAGGGUUUAUAGAACACGAAAAACUUAGGUGUUUGCAAGGUAUGACUACUCGAAAUGCACACGGUUGCAAAAAUUAAUCAUUUCAUUCCUCGCGUGGAGUUGAUUUUGUUUAGUCUCGUUUCAAAUGGUUUCUUUUUGCUAUUUUUCUUCUUCCCUCUAGUAGCUUUGCAUGUUUCCACACUGUUUCGUCGUUUCGUCUAUGGAUUCUAAGUUACGGACCAACACAAUUGCAUCCUGACUGAAUUGAGCCUGGUUUUUUAUUCACCUACGUUUAUCACUGUGCGUUCGAUGCAUUUUUGUCGCUAUCGGUAACAUUUUCAACAACUUGCUGCUCGAUUUUCUCGCCAAACUAUUUGAACUCUUUUAAGUUAGGGCAAGAACUGCACCUUAGCGUACUUUCUGAUCAGCGACAUAAGGAGAGAGAAGCAUUUGUUCCAGAUACUUUGAUAAUAGUUAUAUUCGAGCGAGGAAAAUGAGGCGUUGGCUUCAUUGUAAGAUUACUUUCUAUUCAGUAAUAUACCACGAAUACUCAACGAAAUCAACAACAACUAUUUUUUUUGCGGAGCAAAUCGAGGCGGAAGGGAAAUAAACAUUAAGAUAAAUUCAACUUUGACUGAACAAAGAAAUGUCUUAGAGAGGAUGGCAUAAAUUUCGUUUCUGAUAUUCCUGGGCUUAUAUCACGGACAUGAAAGUUAUCAAACCGCAUGAGAUAGAGUCUGUUGGCUAAUAUCCUGUACCUUAACCAUUUGCGUGAUCAGUAAAAUAUAUCAUUAAGUGGUAUUGCGUCUCAGAAGUAGCAAAAGCGUUUUGGAGCGCGACGAAGGAAAGUGGAAAUACGCAGGAUUUUUACCGUACAUCAAGCCAAACACGUAUCCUGUAGAAUACAAUGUUCUGCAGACGCAAUCUCCUUUACCACGUCUACAUGCUUGCUCAAUGGGGGGACAGUGCCAUAAACUUUUUUUGUCGGGGAAUUACUUCAAAAAUUACUACUCCCCGAUGAGUCCCCCAACCCCUUUACCCUUUAAUGCCUCUGGCUAAUUAAAAAUAUUUGUGUGAUAACAACUUAGAGUGUUACAUUCCUUCCUAAUUACUUACUUUACAUUCAUAAAAAUUCCUAUCAUAAAAAAACUGCUCACUUAUUUAUUGAUUUCCGUCAAUUAUUGCUUUUACAGCGUUUCUCGUUGGAAGCCAUGAGGCACUCCCUAACGUUGGCCGAUGUACUUUCAUGGAGUACUUUUGCGCUGCUCGAAAAUGCACCACGUUUUUCUAUAAAGGACUGCAAAAGGACCCCAGAGGAGACUGUUUGUAAGUUCACUUAAUGAGCUCUAAAUUUUGAGGCGUUUUGAACGGCGACUUAUUCCACUCUAACGCAGUACUGCGGUAUCUGUCAGGUCGCAUGUUCUGUUCAUGGAUUACAAUGGACUCUAAUUCAAAAAUAGCUUUAACUCAUUGGCGAUCUUGUUAUUAUUCCAGUACUAAGUUCAACCAAAUGAAAGACUGUGUGGUGAAGGUGGUGAAGUAUUGUGCUGACUCACUGACACACAGUACCAUCAGAAGAAUUGUAGACCAGAAUUUUCGCAGCACAGAAUGCUCUGAAGGCCCCGCUCUAAUACAGUCUUCAUCAGCGGCAUCAUUGCCUUGUUCCAGCUCUUUCGUCACUAAAGCGAACGCCUGUGGGAGAACCUUCCGGCAAAUAUUUGUCGUGGACAAAUCGAAUUCCUCUCUUUGCGCGUGAGUUUGUGUUGAUUACUUGUUUUUAUACAAUAAGCUGAAUCAUACACGCAUUUUGAGUGGUUGUUACUAAUGAUGGAAACGCAUAGAUGACGUCAACAUUAUCAACCAUGCUUCUUUGUGAUUUAAAACAAACAGAUUUCGUUAUGCUGUGGGUUUCCUUAGAAUGUAUUUGCGCUUGAUUGUUAAACAUCGAUAAAUUAACGGAGAUGAUUGAUUAGGACGCGGUUGUGGAAAAUAGAAAAUUUCACACUUUCGUCUCGAGAAUGUUCCCCUUUGAAAAAAAUUGAGAAAUAACAUUAAAUUUGGGAACACGCGUAAAACUGUAGAAAUUUUUGUUAAGAAAAGAAUCGAAACAUUAUAUUCAGUUCUUUCUAUUAUCCGGGUGUGUUAAAAAAGCCUUAACUUUAUGUAGCGUUAACUUUGACUGAUAUUUAAAGCCACAUAUUUCUUUUAAAGCUCUGUAAGAAAAAAAUGUAUUUAAAAUCCGAAAAAAUUGUGGACAAGUUAAGAAGGUACUUUGCGUAGACCCAGUAAACUGUCUCAACGCAUGCGUGCGUAGGUAAACGUCACUGAUCUAGUCGCGUUCAGAGGGUGACGCGAGUCUUACAGAUCAGAGUUGGCUCGGCUUUGUAAAUCGAAACAGAUUGAAAUUCCACAGCGUCGAAAACAGGUAUACUUAAAAUGAUUUUGUUAACUGUCAUUAUUCAGGGAAGAAGCCGAGCGGAAAAAGUGUGUGAAGAAUUUGGUAGAUUCUGACUGCACCUUUUCCUCUGCUGACCAGGAAGUGUUGGACUUGGGCUUUGCUGACUACAAUCCUUUCUGCGCAAACAAUAGGGACCCUGGGGCGACCGGAAAUGAUCAGUGCUAUGGCGUGGAAGACAUCAAUGGACACGCUGGCAUUAAUCCAACCGCUGGCAUUAAUACAGCCGCUAGCAUUAAACCUGGUGUAAUGCAGGCGCUUUUGUUAGUUUUCAUGUCCAUUUGUUCCUUUUUCGUUUUUUAA